AUGCAGGAGACGGCGGAAGAAGUUGCGUUGAUCAUGGUCCAGGAUGUGAAACCCAAUCGGCCCAUUUUUGUCAUCUCCCAAGAUGGUAUUGAGCUAUACAUCACAACUGCCUUUUUCAAUAAGACAUACCUCAGCUGGAUCAAGAACAAGCGGGAAAAGCUGCCAAGCGACAGCUUCCUCCAGAUGAACCAAUGCGGCCCCUUGCAGUCGACUCUUAGACGAAGGUGA